CACAGUUCUUCCGGCCUCCGACUUCCGAUGUGACGAAUCGAUACGCAGGUGACCUCGGCAUCCUCAACCGGGCUCGUAUAAAGCAGGACACUGCUGUUGCCUUCGCAUUGCAUUAAGCAUCUUCAUUCUGAGCACAAACUCACACUACUGCUAAAAGCCCUUCAUCAACUUAGCAAAUUCGCAUGUCACAUCAAACCCCUCCAGUUCGUCGGGCUAGUAUUGUUCACUCCCCAACGGGGCUCUCUGAGCACGAGCUCCGGCAAGAAGCCGUUACAGAAGGCCAUGACGCCGAUAUUGCCACUAAUGAUGGCUUUAUACUCAAUGCAGAGGGAGAACUUCAGCUACAGCGGUCGAUAAGUAGGCGUCAUUCGCUUUCGCGCCAAAACACAGCUUCCAGCGAAAAGGAAGCAGGACAACGGAAAAAGCUAUCGAGUACGCUCCAGAAAACGUUCUCGCGGUCAAGUCACGCAGCGUCAUUGCCUUCUCAUGUUCGAGACAUUCCAAAAGACUUGGAAGCAGCGGCUACUUCCACCACUUUCAAUUCAGAAGAAGAAAAGCUGGAGUUCGAGAAAAACACAGUUUGGUGGGAUGGACCAAACGACCCCGCAAACCCCAGGAAUUGGAGUACGAGGAGGAAAGCCGCCAACGUUAUUCUCAUAAGUUUUAUCACACUUCUCACGCCACUAGCCUCAUCCAUAUGCGCACCCGCAAUCCCGGAGAUAAUGCUUGAGUUCGACAUCAAAUCAUCGAGUCUCGCCGCUUUCGUUGUAUCAUGCUACGUCCUUGGAUUCGCUCUCGGUCCUCUUGUCAUCGCGCCGCUGUCUGAAGUCUUCGGUCGCGUCCCGGUCUACCACAUCUGCAACGUUUGCUUCGUCUUAUGUACCGUUGGGUGCGCGAAGGCGAAUAGUACGGGAAUGCUUAUUGCGUUCCGAUUACUUUGCGGCAUCUUCGGAAGCUGUCCUCUUACGAAUGGCGGUGGCUCCAUUCACGAUCUCGUUCCUGCAGAGCAAAGAGGAAAGGUGGCUGGUGUAUUUGGAUUGGGCCCGCUUUUGGGUCCCAUCAUUGGCCCGAUUGGGGGUGGAUUUCUAGCCCAAGCAAAGGGUUGGAGAUGGGUGUUCUGGCUGAUUACUAUAGUGAGCGGCACGUCGACCCUCGUCUGCUUCGUCACAAUGAAAGAGACCUACGCCCCCGUAAUUCUCCAACGCAAAACGCGCGCUCUCCGCGCCUCUACCGGAAACCUCGAACUCCGCUCUCGCCUCGACACAGGCCGCACCACCACCGACCUCAUCCGCCACGCCCUCCUACGGCCCCUAAAAAUCCUCUUCCUCUCCCCCGUUGUUAUAGCAUUCUCUGUAUACUUGGCCAUCGUGUACGGCUACAUUUACCUCCUUUUCACCACCAUCACACCCAUGUACGAAAAAGUCUACGGCUGGAAUACCGGCAUGACCGGCCUUGCCUACCUUGGAAUGGGCAUCGGCAGCCUCCUCUCCCUCUUCGUUUUCUCACACUUCAGCGACAAACUCAUGAAGGAGCGCGCCAAGGCCGAGUCAGGAUCAGUAAAGCCAGAAUACCGUCUCCCGCCUAUGAUUUACGGCGCUAUCUCCCUUCCUAUCGGUCUCUUUUGGUACGGAUGGAGCGCCGAUCAGCACAUCCACUGGAUCAUGCCCAUCCUCGGCACCGUGUUCGUCGGGGCUGGCAUGCUGCUCAUCUUCAUGUGUACGCUUACGUACAUCGUUGAUAGCUUUGCGUUGUAUGCGGCGAGCGCGUUGGCUGCGAAUACGAUGCUGAGGAGCGUGGUGGGCGCUGUGCUGCCGUUGGCGGGCACACCGAUGUAUAAUGCGCUAGGAAUUGGUUGGGGAAAUAGCUUGCUUGGGUUUAUUGCGGUUGCGUUGGUGCCUUUGCCAAUUGUUUUUGGGAGAUAUGGGGAGUAUUUAAGGACGAAGUUUGAGAUUAAGAAUUUGUGAGAAGCAUACGGUUUAGGGAGGGUUAGGAGACCUUGCGGUCGUCAAUGAUGGUAUCAUCGACUUGUAUAGUAUAGCUGAAACCUAAUUCUUGACGCCUUUCAUGCAAGACCUUACGCUAUCCUCAGUGGCUUUUGUCUUCUAAGGACUAAUCGUGGUGGAUGAAUACCAAUGGCUGUGUUUUGAAUUCGUGUGGAUGUUUUCUGGAGAUUCCGUAGAAGCGAGAGUGAGGGCACCAACGAUAGAAGUAAUGGCGACGGUACAAAUGGGACUGCUAUCUGUGUAGUAACUGGUGCAUAAACGAGACCUCAUCCUAGAACUCUCCAACACUGGAUUAUCUCAUCCUUCU